CUGACGUUGUGUCUGCGCGAGCGAGUGGAUGGAUAAAAAUUGCAGCUUCAGGAAAAUGGCUACAAACGUCGUACCGAUAAAAGGUGUUUGAAGAAACAAAUCUCCCAUCUGACCCAUUGUCACCAGUGCUGACUACAAACUCGACUUACAUGGCACCCUCAAAUUGACAUCAUGGCCCAGAUAUCCAGUGGUAAUGGGUUCAAGCUGGACGUGGCCCAGCCCAUGGGGGUUGUGGGUAAGGAGGAGGCCCUUCGCAUGGAGGUGGAGGCCUUAGCGAAACUACAAAAAGAGAAGAGACACACGCUCCCGGCGACCACCACCACCUCCGCUCCAAGGCCCACUCCUUCCUCCAGCAGCCGACCAGAGAAGGACCUCAUAGUCUUCCCCGAUGCCAAGAAGCAGGCGGAGAAAGACAACUUCCAGGACAUCGACGUGGACAAGCUGACCAAUGAGGAGCUGGAGAAGCUCCUGCUGGACGACAACUUCGGGGCCAACAGCGGCAAGGCCUUGCGACCCUCCUCGCUGCUGGGAUUCAACCUCAGCGCCUCCUACCCGGGGGGCCAAGCCACCUGCAGCCCCUCUCCCUUCCCCAACGGCCAGUGGAUGCCUUCCAUCCUCUCCACCCCCUCCGGCGUGUCCACGCCAACCCACCAUCAGGCUCCCAUGUUCCCCUCUGCGCCGUUCCCCAAGCCCCAGACCUGCUCCUUCCAGAAUGGCUUUUCUCCAGCCAUGCCACCCUACAUGGGCUUGCCUAGCCCGCAGACCUCCUUCAUGGCCUUCACUCCUAUCCAGCAGCCCGGAGCCAUGGUGUUCCAGCAGCCCACCGUCACCCCAGAGAUGGCCAAGCUCUUCCACAAGAUCCACAGCACCUCGGAAUACUUGAAGAACGGCAGGUCAGCCAGUACUGACCUGGAUGCUGCCCCGACCAGUGCAGUGUCGCUGGCGCCCAACCCACCUGCCGUGGAACCACUUGCUGUCAGCCGCUUCGAGUGGCUGGACCUGGACCCGCUCAACGGGUGCAAAGCUGAGGGUGAGGAGGGCACCUCACCGGCACCGAGCGGCACCGUGACUGUAGUGGGAGGGCAAGCCGGCGGGGACCCCUGGGACGCCGUGCUGCUAGAUGAGACGGAGGGAGGGGCUGGCGGCAGCAGUCCACCAACUGAGGUGAAGGGUCAUCUCGCAGGUCGCUCUCAGCCUCGGCAGUUGUCGCUGGGGGCGGGGGUCACCAGGAGCCACUCCCUCACCAUCCCGGAAUCCUCUUCCCAGCACAAGCUAAACAAUCAGCACAAUAAGAGACCUGGGAGAGUACUGUACACCGCCCUGGAGGAGAAGGAAGCCCAGAACCUAGAAGUUGUAGCCUUCUGUGAAGAUGUAGCAACCCUGAGGUCAAAGUUCCCCCAUGAUGACCUCCACACCAACCCGGGGUACGUGCUGAGUGCAGUCAUCCCUCAGAGGGACGUGGGCGGGGACAAUAGCUGCAGCGUCAAGGUGUCCAUCGAGAUCUCCGAGUCCCAGGAGCCUGUCACCUUCACCUGCGACGGUAAGGACAAUAACACAAUACACCUACUAGCAUUGCUAAAUCCCAUAAAUGUUCUCGAAAUUCCCAGGUUUUCCAGAAACCCCGAUAGAGUUCCCGGGAAUCAGGAGGGGAAACGGAAUUCUCCAAGUGGGAGUUCUGGAAAACCUGGGAAUUUUAGGAACGUUUUUUUUAAACACAGCCUGGGCAGCCACGAGUAUGUACAGAACUGCAGGAAGUGGGAGGCAGAGAUCAAGCUCCAGCUGCUCUCCCAGAGCACCAUGAGAAGGGAUCUGGCACGAUCGGCGGAAGAUGACUCAUCUCCGGUGGACUUGGAGAGGCACCUGAGCCAAGUGGAGAGGCUGUUUAAGGAAAAGGUCACCAGACAAGGCCUGGCUGACUAUCUGGAAGGCUAUCACAAUCAAGUCAACAUCUGCCUUCAGAAUGAGAGUACCCAGUAUAAGACUGUGGAUGGGGUGGUUCAGAUGGUGAAGAACCUGUGCUGUGCCCUGGAUGAGGUAGAGACCCAGGCCAUCACGGAGGCAGUCAAGAAAGUCAAGCGCUCAGUCAACCUCCCCAGGACUCGCUCGCCAGAGGUGGGCUCCAAAUCCUUAGGUGGCUCGACAAAUGGUCACCUCAGCCCCGUAGAGGAGAGCAUGUGCUUUCUGACGGAUGCCGUCUAUGACCUGGCUAAGCUCUACCUGCGCUCCUUCUGCGCCGCCUCCUCUAGCUCCUCCCCUGACCCCUCCUCAUCCAUCUCCCAGCAUGCCGAGGGGGAGUCUCCUGUGGAGGGGUGUAGCUGUAAGGAGGCCUUGGGCACCACUGACCACCUGCAGUUCACCCUGUUCGCCAUGCAUGGCAUCUCUGCCGCUUGGGUCAGCAGCUAUGAGAAGUACUACAUGAUGUGUGCUCUGACACACAAUGGCCGGAACUUGUUCAAGCCCAUCCAGUCCAAGAAAGUCGGCACCUACAAGAGCUUCUUCUACCACAUCAAAUGGGACGAACUGAUCAACUUCCCAAUGGCGGUGGCCCUGCUUCCAUUGGAGUCCAUGCUGACUCUCUCUCUCUUCGGGGUUCUGAACCAGAACGCCAGCGGUUCCCCAGACUCCAACAAACAACGCAAAGGACCAGAGCUGCUGGGCAAAGUCUCCCUGCCCCUAUUUGACUUUCGACGGGUGCUGAUGAGUGGGACCAAGCUGCUGUGUCUGUGGACGUCUCCUCAGGCUUCCUCUGCUGCAGCCGGGAGGAAGAACCUGGCUGAGAGGAUUAUACUGCAGGUGGACUUCCCCAGCCCAGCGGUGGAUGUGCUGUACGUGGGACCCCAGGAGAGACCCAGCCCUGAUCCAAACACCCUGGAGGAGCUAGACCCUGACCUGCGCCGCCAGGUGGACAAACUCUGCAGCCGAGCUUCCACCUUCGGGUUGACGCGGGCCGACCGCCAGCUGCUGUGGGAUCAGCGGCACCACUGCCGGGCUCACACCCAUAGCCUGCCCAAGGUGCUGGCCAGCGCCCCCAGCUGGGACUGGGGCAGCAUGGCUGAGAUCCACUCCCUCCUCCAUCACUGGCCCUCGCUCCAACCAGUCUGUGCUCUGGAGCUGCUUGACGCUAAGUUUGCUGACACAGAGGUGAGGAGUGUGGCUGUCCGCUGGAUCGAAUCCACCAGUGAUGACGAGUUGGCCGACUACCUGCCUCAGCUAGUGCAGGCCCUGAAGUUUGAGUGUCACCUAAAGAAUGCCUUGGUCAUGUUCCUACUGUCCAGAGCACAGGGCAACGUCAGUAUCGCCCACUACCUGUACUGGCUACUGAGAGAUGCAGUGUUAGACCCAGCGUUUGGCCGGAGGUACGACCAAGUGCUGGGGUCCCUGCUGUGUCUGUGUGGGGCCGGCCUCCGGGAUGAGCUGGACAAACAGACCCGCCUGGUCACUCUGCUGGGGGAGCUGGCCGAGAAGGUCCGGCAGGCCGGGGGCUCCACACGACAGGUGGUGCUCCAGGAGGGUCUGGAGAGGGUGCAGUCAUUCUUCCAGAGGAACAGCUGCAGGCUUCCCCUCAGCCCCAGCCUGGAGGCCAAACAACUCAACAUCAAGUCGUGCUCCUUUUUCAACUCCAACGCGGUGCCCUUGAAGCUGGCCCUGGUGAACUCCGACCCUCUGGGAGAGGAGAUCAACGUCAUGUUCAAGGUGGGAGAGGACCUGAGGCAGGACAUGCUGGCUCUGCAGAUGAUCCGGGUCAUGGACCGCAUCUGGCUUCAGGAGGGACUGGACCUGCGCAUCGUCAACUUCAAAUGCAUCUCCACCGGGAAAGACAACGGAAUGGUGGAGCUGGUGCCGUCCUCCGACACCCUGAGGAAAAUACAGGCGGAGUACGGAGUGACGGGCUCCUUUAAGGACAAGCCCCUGGCGGAGUGGCUCCGCAAGUACAACCCUGCUGAGGACGAGUACGACAAGGCUUCGGAGAACUUCAUCUACUCGUGUGCGGGCUGCUGCGUGGCCACCUACGUGUUGGGUAUCUGCGACCGCCACAACGACAACAUCAUGCUGCGCUCCACCGGUCACAUGUUCCACAUCGACUUUGGCAAGUUUCUGGGCCACGCCCAGAUGUUCGGCAGCUUCAAAAGGGACCGUGCUCCAUUCGUGCUGACCUCUGACAUGGCCUAUGUGAUCAACGGGGGAGAGAGGCCCACCAGUCGCUUCCAGCUGUUUGUGGACCUGUGCUCCCAGGCCUACAACCUCAUCCGCAAACACUCAGGCCUCAUCCUCAACCUGCUCUCCCUGAUGACGUUGUCAGGCCUUCCAGAGCUGACGGGAAAUCAGGACCUGAAGUAUGUAUAUGACGCUCUGCAGCCCCAGACCACCGACGCAGAGGCCACCAUCUUCUUCACCAGGUUGAUCGAAUCCAGCCUGGGCAGCGUGGCCACCAAGUUCAACUUCUUCAUCCACAACCUGGCCCAGCUGCGCUUCUCAGGCCUGCCAUCCAACGAUGAGCCCAUCCUCUCCUUCUCCCCCAAGACCUACACGCUGAAGCAGGAGGGGCGCAUCCGCGACGCCUCCAUCUUCUCCUUCCAGAAGAGAUACAACCCCGACAAGCACUACACGUACGUGGUGAGGCUCCUGCGAGAGGGGCAGAGCGAAGCCCAGUUUCUCUUCCGCACCUUCGAUGAGUUCCAGGAGCUCCACAACAAGCUGUGCAUCCUCUUCCCUCUGUGGAAGCUGCCAGGGUUCCCUAAUAGGAUGGUGCUGGGCCGUACCCACAUCAAGGACGUGGCAGCCAAGAGGAAGAUUGAGCUCAACGGUUAUGUUCAAAACCUGUUGAGGAGUUCCACAGAGGUCACACAGUGUGAUCUUAUCUAUACAUUCUUCCAUCCGAUCGCGAGAGACGACAAGACGGAAGGAUUGGAGGCGACGGCCAGAGCACCAGAUACGCCACCGUUGAGUCCCACCUCCGGCAGAGUGGAGGGGGAGGUGAAGCUGUCCGUGUCCUACAGGAACAGCACACUCUUUAUCAUGGUCAUGCACAUCCGGGACCUGGUAUCUGAGGAGGGGACAGACCCUAACCCCUAUGUGAAAACCUACCUGCUCCCAGACCCCCACAAAACCUCCAAGCGCAAAACAAAGAUAUCCAGGAAGACCAGAAACCCCACUUUCAACGAAAUGCUGGUGUACAGUGGCUACAGCAAGGAGACCCUGGGGCUCCGGGAGCUACAAUUGAGCGUGCUCAGUGCCGAGUCGCUGAGAGAGAACUGCUACCUAGGCGGCGUCACGCUCACACUCAAAGACUUCGACCUCAGCAAGGAGACGAUCAAGUGGUACAAGCUGACCGCCGUGCCGUACUUCUAGAUGACUCCCCCUGAGAAAAACGCUGCUUAUCAAGAAAACUCUUAAGAUACACCUAUUUAAGGGCAGCAGGAUCACCCCAGGGUGGUGCUUCAAAUCCUUCCCCUUCCUCCUCAAGCUCAAGGCCCUGUCCAGAAACCACCCCUUACACCUUAAGGCCCUGUCCAGAAACCACCCCUUACACCUCAAGGCCCUGUCCAGAAACCACCCCUAACCCCUUACCCCUUUUGGCACUUCAUGUAGAUCUCAAAGAAUUAUAAGCAAUAUGGUUGUAGCGCCGACCUUUCAGCUCUACACAAGUGCCUAGAUAGAUGGGGGCUAGGGGUUUAUUCUGGUUGGGGCCAUUCUCUCUCCCUCACUAAUCAAGGUUUUUUCUCAUUGUAGAAAACAAUCUCCACUUAUUUAGUUUGUCCUAAACUGUAACACGAGAGCUGUAAUGUUUUGUACAUUUUGACAUUCGAGGACCAAAACAUCUUACCUUCAGAAGAGUAUAUAUAGAUUGCCACUUUUUUUUUUUAUAUAGUGGCUCAUUUUUACAUUUUUUCUUCUUCUAUGUAAACAAAUAGGAAGCGUCUGGUUUCCUGCUAAGCUAGCUGAGAACGUCUGGUAAUGUGCCCAUCACAAACCAGACUCCAGGAAAGAGUGUUCUUGUGUUUCCCAAUCACAUGCCAAUAAACUGAUGAUGAUGAUGAUGGCAAACCACUCUCCCGAAGGGGAACCGAUCAUGGUGCCUUGUUUGUGUUCACAAUCUCUUAUACACUCCACUUUAGCCUUAUUGCAAUGUGUUUUAUAAAAAAUAAAUGUGAUAUCCCAAUUGAAAAAAUGUAUCUAUUCUGUCAAAUAAUGUCAACAGUUCUCAGUGUGAGAAGGGUUCUGGACAAGCAUCAGAAGGUGUUGGAACGGUCGGCUCCCACUUGUAUGCACACUACCAUAUAUUUAUUAUGUUAAAUACUUGACUUUUCACUGCACACUUUUGGGGAAGACAAGUGUCCUCAACGCUGAUCCAAUGCCAGUUUUUAUUUCACCUCCUAUUGGUUUUAAGGGUAGAAUUUAGAGUGGGGUAAGCUGAUCGUAGAUUUGUGCUCAAGAGGUAACUGACCUGGAGCUAUCUGGACAAAAAAAGGGAAGACAUCCAGGUCAGGAGAUACACUGCUUCCUCUGAGCUGCCUACAAACCUAAAGAUGAAAUAAUGAAUUAAUCCAGGAGGGGUUUUCAAGAGAAUGUCAACAAAGACAAUUCUGAUAAGCAUCACUCACGCUAUGAAUAGAGACUUGAUCUUCUAUUUUAAUGACUGUAUGAGUUUCUAUUAACAUGGCCAGUUAUUUAUUCUUAAUUGGUUACCUUAACCCGAAUGAAUCGGUGUGUACUGUAAUCCCUCUUUCCUAAAGCAAAUUAAAUGUUUUUUGAACAAA